AUGUUAGUGAAUUCACUUAAAAUGCAGCUGAGGUCUAUAUCCACGAGACCUAAACUGGUGGCUGCAAGCGUUGCAUCAGUGGUGCAACAAGCUGCACCUGCGAUAAAUCAUAGUCCAGAAAAAGCUCACGAGAGACGUUGGCUACCGCAACGAUGUGGCUCACUGACUAAGAAAGUAGGAAUGAUGCCAUAUUUUGAUCCAGCAACUGGUAACCGUUGUGCAGCGACAGUGUUAGAGAUGAACAACGUUGAAGUCCUUAUGCACAGAACCUUGAAAGACAAUGGAUAUUAUGCAUGCCAAGUGGGCUAUGGCAAUAAGCGCCCAGAUAAAGUAUCAAGACAAAUGCUGGGUCAUUUUGCUUCUAAAUUGGUAAAUCCAAAGGAGAAGCUUGCUGAAUUCAGAGUGAAGAGCGAAAAUGGCCUGUUACCAUUGGGGACUUUAAUUAAACCAUCAUUUUUCAAACCAGGCCAGUUCCUUGAUGUUGUAUCUGUUAGUAAAGGUAAGGGAUUUGCAGGUGUAAUGAAGCGUCACGGAUUCAAGGGUUUAAAUGCAUCACAUGGUGUUUCUCUAGCCCACAGAAGCGGUGGAUCUUAUGGUCAAAAUCAAACGCCUGGUAGGGUUUUGCCUGGGAAAAAGAUGCCUGGGCAUAUGGGUGUGCAACAAGUAACCAUACAGAAUGUUAUGGUAUUAAAUGUUGAUGAUGCACUUGGUGUUGUGAUAGUGAAAGGUUCAAUUGCUGGCCCCAAGGGAACUAUUGUGAAGAUCCAGGAUGCCAUCAAAGCCCCACCACCUGCUGUAUAA